AUGAUUCUGAUCAAGUACGUCGGACGUGAAAUAACUCUGAAUGAUUCUGAUCAAUUUGCAAUAAAAGUUGCCAAUAAGUGUAAUGAAAAGCGACUCUCCUCUAUUUUGGAACUAACAACUGUAAUGGUGCAGGACGAUAAGCCACCAAAAAUUAUUGAUGCGACGUCUUCGAUGUUGUCAGAAAAUAAACUUUGUAGUUUACCUACAUUAAACAAAAAUAAUAACAAUAUUAAUAACAGUGACAACCAUUCCAAAAACAUUGUCGUAAAUUCCUCCAUUCCCGCGGGUAUUGCUGUUAGUGGAGUUGUAGCGAACACAAAUGGCGGUGAUUGGUCUUUGAUGACAAGUGGUCGUCAUCAGCUCCAUAAUUUGACGCAGAAUCACGCACUUCGUCUCGGAGUAAUUGGAUCAGACACCUCAGAUCGUACACCCAAUGGUGACUCCAGUACAAUAAUUAGCAGUACUCCCAUUGCUAACAGUAUAAGCAACUUGCGUACUGUCAAGACUAGCAACAAUAGCAGUAACAUAAACAUUGGAGUUGACCGGAUAAUAACAGCACGUGGUGUUGGUUCCUCCGGUACUGUAGAUGUUGAGUUGAUUUCCACAAAUGGUGUCACCGUUGGAGGAAUUAAACACCACAACAGCAGUAGCCUUCACAAUAAUGGAAUGCACAAGCACCAUCUUCAGCAUCUUCACCCUAACAGUCACCAUCACCACCUGCAGCAACAUCAACCGCACCAGCAAAAAAUGUAUGUGUCACCCCAACAUCAAGUACAUCAAAAUCAUCAUGUGGUCAGCAAUGGGAGUGUUACAGCUGGUGCCGGAGUGAAUGAUGGAAUGUGUUCUGUUAAUACUAACAGCAAUAAUAAUGCCAACAACAAUAAUUCUUUGAAUGGUAAUCAAGAGCUGACCAGUAUCGUCCCCGGAAAUAAUUCCAAUACUAGCGCAGUUGUCGUAUAUAAUGGAAAUACCAUAAGAAGUAGUAGCAGUAGCAGCAAUAGUAGCAUUAGUAGCAGCAGCAGUAGCAGCAGUAGCAGCAGCUGUAGCAGCGGUAGCAGCAACAGUAACAAUAAAAACAACAACGUUAGCUGUAACAUCAGCACCGGCUCCAAGUGCACUAUAAGUGCUGGCAAUAACAUGAACAGAAACAUUUGUAGUGUUACGUCAAGUGAUAGUGGAAUCAUAAUAAACAGUAGUGGCAAUACUCAUACUAGUAGUCCUUUAAAAAUUGCCAGUGCCAGCAUAGCCGCCAUUAUUGCGAAUGGCUCUGCGAUUGCGCAGGUUAAAAGUAGUAGUGAACUAAAUAUGUCCAAUGGCGAUAUUGUAUCAUCUGCUAUCAAAACAAAUGGUAUCAGUCACUCUACUAGCAAUAACAACUCCAUCGUCAAUCCUGACAUCACUCUCACCUUGGGCAGCGGCUUGAAUGUUCAGAAUCCAAACCUCCAUCAGUUGCAUCAAUUGCAUCAUCAUCAUCAACAGCCACAGCAAAACCAUCACUUACAACAGUUGGCACAACUACAGCAUCACCCACACCAUCAACACAAUCAUAAUUUAUCAUCAGUGCAUAUAUACUAA